CAAUACAUUAUGUGUCACAAAUAAAGAGUGUGAGGAAACAGCAGUUAUUGGACAUCUUGAUGAGUUCUAUACCAAAGCCAGAAAGACAUGCUGAAUCAUUGCUUGACAUUUGUCAUGAUACAAACUCUUCUCCAACUGGUAGGAUGACAGAUACCAAAAAUCAAAACAUAAUCUUUCAAAGCAUCAGUAGCAGUGAGGAGUCUGAACCAGGUGAUGACUGCAGUCAUUCCAUAUUGGUUGAUGAAGAAGCUGAAGGACAAGAUUGGCCACCCAGAACUGAAGGUGUUGAGAUUAUUAUGACUUUUCCAAGACACGCCAGUCAUCUCCAAGAAGUGAGCCAAGAAGAUGUGAAAAAAAGCAAUCACAUAACCUCAGUGCAUCAAGAAUGGACACAAGAGCGUUCUGUUUCUCUCCCAAAUGAAAUGGAGAUUGUGGACAUCAGGACAAAGAUGCUGAGCAUGAACCCUUUACUCCUUGAGAAAGAAGAAAGUUCCAAGGUGCUCUGUGAUUUGGACUUGGGCUUUGUGUUGCCCAGGCCUUGUUUAGAUGGAAGUAUCUCCAAGUCGGUGACCAAGGAAGAGGCUCCUUAUUUUCGGGAGGUGCAGCAAAGAAAAUCUGAAGAGUUUUCUCCAUGUGAUAUGAAAUGCAGUAGCCGAAGAAUUGGGUUCCCUCUACCACCACUGUCGCUCUUGCCCAUCCAAUCUGAUGUCCUCAUCGCUCCCAAAAGUCACAAGUUUCCAAGAGAAAGUGAAGGAAGUAUUUCAAACCUCACUUCCUUUGUGCCUAAAUUCUCAUUUAGUCCACAACAAGAAACCUCAUUGAAGGGCUUGGUGGAUCAGAGUCUCAGGACUUCUGAUAGCUAUAUUUGGUCACGAAACAUGUAUUCUUUUUGGAAAGGUAACCACCACAAACAACACCUGGAGGUUGGGGAGAACUGGAGGUCCAGGGAAGUAGAGGAAUGGGACAAAAUUGACAUCUCCUGCUUUGAUCAAAGGCAGUGUCUUUUUGGGACUUUUAAGGAAAGCAAUAUUCUUUUAGAUAGGGGAGAGGAUACUGAACGUCAUGGUAGUGAUAGCAAAAAGGCAGAAGAGAACUCCCAAGAUCUUUCAUCAAGAAAUAAACUGGGUUCAGUGGCCAGAAAAUAUGAACAAGACUCAGAAAUUGUAUGUACCUUUCCAAGUAAGCUCCAAGAAGCCCAACAUUCAGAAAUAGCUCCAGCUGAGGAUGAAGAGAUUAGAAAUGAUACAAUUGAUUCAAAAAGCCCUUUACUGCAUAAAAAUGAAGCCAUACAAGCAAACAUUUUAGAAGAGUUUACUGACCUUAAAAGCUUGUCAAAUAUAAUUUCUGAUGGUUCCAUUGAAAAGGUUCUAGAAGGCCAUACUGAUAUGGAGACAAACAUGAAAAUAUCCAUAGCAGAAGAAAGCAAAACAGAAAUCAAUGAGAAGAUGCCUCUUAUGAACAUCACUUCCCCUGGAGAUGGAACCCCCAAGACACCAGCUAUAACCAAACCAACCCUCCAAAAAAGAAAGAGUACCAUUCAUAACAAUAGCUUCAACAUACUGGCACACUACGAAAAUGACACACAUAAGAAUAGCCAUAGGAGUAAAUUGGAUUCAAAGGCCAAAACAAGUAAGAAGACAUCUCAGAAGUUCACAAUUUCCAUUGAAGCUUCCACUAAGCCAAAUGUGCACAAAACUAACAUAAAAACUCAAGUUUUCCCUGCUUUAGAGCUUGUUGACCCUAGGCCUCAGCAAUCACCCAAGUUUCAAAGGAGAGCACUACACAUAGAAAAGAAGCAGUCAACUUACCGAACUCAGAAACCUAAAAAGCAAUCAUUUCCUUGCAUCUGUAAAAAUUCAGGAAUAAAAAAACCAUGUGUUCCUCUCUCUGCUCAACCAACAGAGCCAAGAUUGCAUUAUCUGGAUCUUAAGUAUAGUGACAUGUUCAAAGAAAUCAAUUCAACUGCUAAUGGACCUGGCAUAUAUGAAAUGUUUGGCACCCCUGUUUAUUGUCACAUGCGAGAGGCUGAACGACAUGAAAACAGAUUUUACCAUGAGUUAUAUUCAGCUCCAUCAGGCAGAUGUAUAACUAAUAAAUGUCGAUCUUUGCACAGUGAGCGGAGCAGCAACAGCAGAACAAGACUUUCUCAAAAAAGAUCACAUAUUAAACCUCCAAAGCCUUCAGUUUCUCUGAAACAAAAGCAAAAAGGGUUAAUUUCUAAAGAAAAGGGUUGCAAAGUUAUAGUUAGAAACCUACAAGACAUUGAAAAUAGUAAUGGUAUUUCAGAAGCAGGGUGGCAAAUAAAAUCUUCAGGAAACAAGCUUCUAUCUCCCAAAGAUGAGACUCAGCCCAUGAGUUUGGCCAGGAGUCUUGAGAAGUCCCCUGAACAGAACCAAUUUCUUCCUGUUUCAGAUUUAUCCAUUGUUGCAGAAAUCUCCAUGGAAGAGUCUACCCACAAGGGAGACGUUUCUAAGGAUCAAGUGCUCACCACAAGCCUUAGAGAUCUGCAAGAAUUUGAAGACCUACAUCAUCAGACCCUUUUAGAAAACAGCUGGGCCAUGCCCACUGAGAAGAAUUCUAUCAAACGUGUACUGCCACUGCCGGAAAAGCAGAGUACAACACCGCUGAGUGAAAUAAAUGCCGGCCAAAUGUUAAUGAAUUAUCUAGAAUUUGAUAAUGUUUUAGAGAAACCUAAAACACCUGCAAGUUUCUCUUUCCAAGAGAAGCAAGAAAGCACAUCUUCCCAAACAUAUCAAUAUUGGGCACAUUCUUUGGAUUGUGAUAGUUUAACAAGUAAGUCCAUAACAUUCCAAACAUUUGGAAAAACUUUAGAGGAUACAAGUUCUAUUUCCCAAGAAAUUCUGGAUUCAGUAAAGAAUGAAGAAUUGACAGAUGAACUAUUAGGUUGUCUAGCUGCAGAACUCUUAGCUCUUGAUGAGAAAGAUAACAACUCCUGCCAAAUAAUGGGAAAUGAAAGAGAUACUGAAAACUUGAAUCAUGUUCUCAGUAGAAGAAAUACCAUCAAAGAAUUGAACAUAGAGGCCACAAAUAUCACAAUACAGAGGUGCAGUAAUGGGUUCAGGAUAUAUGACAGGGAGGAGAAAUUUCUGACCUCGAGUGAAAAGAGGAUGUUUUCUGCAAAUAGUUUAAAGCAUGAAGAAUCUAUCUUGUGGACCAAGGGUGAGAUCCUUGGGAAGGGAGCCUAUGGCACAGUAUACUGUGGCCUCACUAGCCAAGGGCAGCUAAUAGCUGUAAAACAAGUAGCUUUGGAUACCUCUGAUAAAUUAGCUACUGAAAGGGAAUACCGGAAACUUCAGGAAGAAGUAGAUUUGCUCAAGGCCCUGAAACAUGUCAACAUUGUGGCCUAUUUGGGGACAUGCUUGGAACAGAACACUGUAAGCAUUUUCAUGGAGUUUGUUCCUGGUGGCUCAAUCUCUAGUAUUAUAAGCCGUUUUGGGCCAUUGCCUGAAAUGGUAUUUUGUAAAUAUACAAAACAAAUCUUGCAAGGUGUUGCUUAUCUGCAUGAGAACUGUGUGGUACAUCGAGAUAUUAAAGGAAAUAAUGUUAUGCUAAUGCCAACUGGAAUAAUAAAACUGAUUGAUUUUGGCUGUGCCAAGCGUUUGGCAUGGGCAGGCUUGAAUGGCACUCACAGUGACAUGCUAAAGUCCAUGCAUGGAACUCCAUAUUGGAUGGCCCCAGAAGUCAUCAAUGAAUCUGGCUAUGGAAGGAAAUCGGAUAUCUGGAGCAUUGGUUGCACUGUAUUUGAGAUGGCCACAGGGAAGCCUCCAUUGGCUUCCAUGGACAGGAUGGCAGCCAUGUUUUAUAUUGGAGCACACCGAGGACUGAUGCCUCCUUUGCCAGACCACUUCUCAGAAAAUGCGGCAGACUUUGUGCGCAUGUGCCUAACCAGGGACCAGCACGAGCGACCUUCUGCUUUCCAGCUUCUGAAGCAUUCUUUCUUGAAGAGGAAUCAGUGAAUACACAAGAUUCUUCUCAGGGCUGUAUAAAUGCUGUUAUUGCUUACAUGUGGAGAAUGAUGGUUGAGACCCUUCUGUUCCUACUGGAAAUCCAAUCUCUUAACCAGAUUCUGCAGUAUCACUAAAAACCUUACAUAUUAGCAUCCUCAAGCAUAUUUUAAAUGAGAACCUAUUCCAGUGUUUGCAGUUUUAAUUAACCAUGAUCCAUACUCUCUAUUGCUUUAUAUAUUUUCUUUAA